AUGAUGGUAGAAUUUCAAGUAAAUCUCAACUAUAAACAAACAUACAUGUAGCUAUGAAAUACGUGUUCCAGUUUUUAACACUAUUAGCUAUUUCAAAUACCAUAAAAACAAGCAACGAGUUGGCGUGUGACAACAUCAGCCUGCUAGAAAAGUUUAUAAAGUAUGACACUUGUCAUUUACAUUUAAAAGUACACGCGAACUUUGCUGACUGGAAUCUUGCAAAGAAGCAACUUCUACAACAAUCGUUUCCUAUAGAAAAGGAGACUAGGAACUAUGUAAGAAGAGUUUCUGACUGUGUAUUUUCAGCCGUAAAACCGAUUCCUUUGAAGUCUAAUGUUCAAUUAGCAGCAGUGUCAAAUUCUGUUUUAAGUAACAUUUUGGACUUGGACCCAACCGUUGCAUUGACAAGUGAUUUCGUGGCAUUCGCAGGUGGUGACAAAUUGCUGACAACCCCGCUGUCCCACAGAUAUGGAGGCCAUCAGUUUGGAUAUUGGUCUGGACAACUAGGGGAUGGUCGUGCUGUUAUGAUCGGAGAAUAUGUCAACCAACGUGGAGAGCGAUACGAACUUCAACUGAAAGGGUCUGGUUUGACUCCAUAUUCAAGACGUGGUGAUGGCCGGGCUGUGAUACGAUCAUCUGUGAGAGAAUUUCUCUGCAGUGAGGCCAUGUUUUAUCUUGGAAUUCCAACAAGCAGAGCUGCAUCUUUGUUGGUGAGCGAUGAUCCAGUAGUGCGCGACAUGUUUUAUGAUGGUCAUCGUCGAACUGAACGCGGCGCAAUUGUUCUGAGAUUAGCCGAAUCGUGGUUUAGAAUCGGGUCAUUAGAGAUACUCGCCGAUUCUAAAGAGUUCGAACUCUUAAAGAAUCUCACAGAUUUUGUUAUUUCACAUUAUUUUAAAACUAUAAAUGUAACUAGCGCUGACCGAUACCUUGAGUUCUUGUCUACAGUAGUUGAAGAAACAGCAAAUAUGAUUGUUCUAUGGCAAUCAGUGGGAUUCACACACGGUGUAUGUAAUACCGAUAAUUUCAGCCUUCUUUCUAUAACCAUAGACUACGGUCCUUUUGGAUUCAUGGAGGACUAUAACCCAGACUUUGUCCCAAAUACUUCAGACGACGAAGGUCGCUAUAGUUACGAGAAGCAACCUGAUGUUGGUUUCUUUAAUCUUAAUAAACUUAGAGCAGCGUUGGAACCAUUAUUAACACAGAAGCAAAAGAAACAAGCUGGUGAAAUUCUAAACGGGUAUAUUGAUAUUUAUAAAACAAAAUUUUUGAAAUUGUUUCUUAAAAAGUUAGGUUUGACGUUUGAUAUUAAGAAUAUUGAAGACGAUGAGCAACUGAUAGCCGUUUUGUUAAAAAUGAUGUCGGAUACUAAGUCAGAUUUCACUAUGACAUUUAGACAACUUGGAGAGUUACCUAUCGACAAAUUGAAUGAUUAUGGUAUCACUAAGUUCUAUUGGGCAUUGAACAAAUUAUCAAAGCAUAAAUGGUAUACAGAAUGGAUAUCCAUGUACAAAGAACGAUCUUUUAAAGAACAAAAAUCUGAAGACGAACGUCAAGAAAUAAUGCUAAAUACAAACCCACGAUAUAUACUUAGAAACUGGAUAGCACAAAGUGUAAUAGAAAAGGUUGAGAGAAACGAUUUCACAUAUUUAAACCGAGUUUCGAAGAUAUUAGAGAGACCAUAUGAAUACCAAGAUGAAGCUGAGGCUUUAGGAUUUGCAUCACCUCCUCCAGAAUGGUCAAAACAAUUAAAAGUCAGCUGUUCUUCAUAAUACAUA